AUGAUGAUGAUGAUGAUGAUGAUGGUCUUUGUUCACGUGAAAAAGACAAUAACCCUGCAGGCCAUGUGCCACUCAGACGGUAAUCCUCCAUCAUGGGGAGUGCAGAGAUUUGAUGAAGUGCAGGACGUUCACAGAGCCUGGAUCGAGAGAACCUUCCAGAAGAGAGAAUGCAUCCAGAUCAUUCCCAGCAAAGAUGCCAGCAGGUGCAGCUGUGGUCAGCAGGUGGCACAGCACCCCCCCAUCCCAGCAGGGGCAGGUGAGGAAACGGCCCAGCUGGUUCAACUGGACGUCCAUCCUACAGAACGAUGGAGUGCCUUGAAACACACGCAGACGUCCGCCACCGACGCCUACGGGGUACUAGAGUUCCAGGGAGGCGGACAUGUCAACAAAGCAAUGUACAUCAGGGUCUCCUAUGACUCCAAGCCAGACUCUCUCCUCCACCUGAUGGUGAAAGAGUGGCAGCUGGAGCUGCCUACAUUGCUAAUCUCCAUCCAUGGAGGGCUUCAAAACUUUGACCUUCCACCCAAACUAAAGCAAGUCUUUGGAAAGGGGCUGAUCAAAGCUGCUGUCACCACUGGAGCCUGGAUCUUCACAGGUGGAGUCAGCACAGGAGUGAUCCGUCAUGUCGGAGACGCUCUCAAAGACCAUUCAUCCAAGUCCAGAGGAAAGGUCUGCGCCAUUGGUAUCGCACCCUGGGGAAUUGUUGAGAACAAAGAGGACCUGAUUGGGAGAGAUGUGACAUGCCCCUAUCAGACCAUGUCCAACCCACUGUCCAAGCUGUCGGUCCUGAACAGCAGCCACUCACACUUCAUCCUGUCUGACAAUGGGACCACGGGCAAAUACGGAGCUGAGGUCCGCCUUCGUCGGCAGCUUGAAAAGCACAUCUCCCUGCAGAAGAUCAAUACACGUUUGGGUCAGGGGGUCCCGGUGGUCUGUCUGAUCCUAGAGGGGGGUCCAAACGUCAUCUCCAUUGUGAUGGAAAGUCUGAAAGAGGAGCCUCCUGUCCCAGUCGUGGUUUGUGACGGAAGCGGCCGAGCCUCCGACAUCAUCUCCUUUGCUCAUAGAUACUGCGAGGAGGACGGGUUGGUGAACGAGAGUGUUAAAGAUCAGCUGCUGGUCACCAUCCAGAAAACCUUCAACUACAGCCGCAGUCAGGCUCAGCAGAUCUACCUCAUGGUGAUGGAGUGCAUGAAGAAGAAAGCUCUGAUUACAGUUUUCAGGAUGGGCUCAGAGGGGCAGCAGGACAUCGAGAUGUCCAUCCUCACAGCUCUGCUGAAAGGUACCAAUGCUUCUGCCUCCGAUCAGCUGAGCCUGGCUCUGGCCUGGAACCGAGUGGACAUCGCUCGUAGUCAGAUCUUUGUCUACGGCCUCCACUGGCCUCCUGUGAGCGCCUUAACGGCUGAUCGGCCUAAAAGCCCGGCAGCCCAGCGCCCGGCAGCAGCAGCAGCUAAAGGGAAAGCUAGAGGAAAGAAAGGGAAAGGAGCUAAAACCAAACCAGAACCACCGGAGGAGACCGACCCACGGAAACUGGAGCUGCUCAACUGGGUUAACUCUUUGGAACAAGCCAUGAUGGAUGCUCUGGUGUUGGACAGGGUGGAUUUUGUCAAGCUUCUGAUUGAAAACGGCGUCAACAUCCAUCACUUCCUGACAAUACCACGUUUAGAAGAACUGUACAACACAAAGCUGGGACCUGCAAACACGCUGCACUUUGUGGUCCGAGAUGUCAAGAAGGGGAAUCUUCCUCCUGAUUACCAGAUAACACUGAUUGACAUCGGGCUGGUUCUGGAGUUCCUAAUGGGUGGAGCAUACCGCUGCAAUUACACCAGGAAGAAUUUCAGGACACUGUACAACAACCUGUAUGGACUCAAAAGACCUAAAGCUCUGAAGCUGCUUGGAAUGGAGGACGAUGAGCCGCGACCAAAGGGUAAAGGGAAAAAAAGCAAGAAGAAGGAGGAGGAAGUAGAUAUUGACGUAGAUGACCCUGAGGUCAGCAGGUUUCAGUAUCCCUUCCAUGAGCUGAUGGUGUGGGCAGUACUGAUGAAGCGCCAGAAGAUGGCGCUGUUCCUGUGGCAGAGAGGUGAGGAGGCUAUGGCUAAAGCUCUGGUAGCCUGUAAACUCUAUAAGGCCAUGGCUCACGAGUCCUCCCAGAGCGAGCUGGUGGACGACAUCUAUCAGGAUCUGGAGAACAACUCAAAGGAGUUUGGCCAGCUGGCCUACGAACUGCUGGACCAGUCAUACAAACACGAUGAGCAGCUGGCAAUGAAAAUGCUGACCUAUGAACUCAAGAACUGGAGUAACUCCACCUGCCUGAAGCUUGCUGUAGCUGCCAAGCACAGAGACUUCAUCGCUCACACCUGCAGUCAGAUGCUGCUGACUGACAUGUGGAUGGGAUGCCUGAGGAUGGGCAAGAGCAACAGUCUGAAGGUGAUUUUGGGAAUUAUUUUCCCACCCACCAUCCUGCUCUUGGAAUUCAGACUUGGAGAUGAAGCUUUUCACCAUUCAUCAAGAGAAAACAUGGCUGGGAGCACUAAAGACGAGGACAAAUUUAACAAGGACGCUGCCUCCAACAUGGACACUGUGUCCAAGAAAGGAGAUGAAGAGGAGAACCAGAAGGGACACCUGAGGAUUCCCAUUGGGAGGAAAAUUUAUGAGUUUUACAACGCCCCCUUCACCAAGUUCUGGUUCAACACGAUCUCAUACCUGGUGUAUCUCAUGCUUUAUAACUACAUCAUCCUGGUGAAGAUGGAACGCUGGCCUUCUUUGCAGGAGUGGAUUGUCAUCUCUUACAUCAUCACUUUGGGCCUGGAGAAAGUCAGACAGAUCCUUAUGUCGGAGCCAGGAAAGCUAAAACAGAAGAUCAGUGUGUGGUUGGAGGAUUACUGGAACAUCACUGAUCUGGUGGCCAUCACUCUCUUUAUACUGGGCCUUCUACUGCGGCUCCAGAGCGAACCCUCCAUGGGCUAUGGACGAGUCAUCUACUGUGUCGACAUCAUAUUCUGGUACAUUCGAGUCCUCGACAUCUUUGGAGUCAACAAGUACCUGGGCCCCUACGUCAUGAUGAUCGGGAAGAUGAUGAUCGACAUGUUGUACUUCGUAGUCAUCAUGCUGGUGGUGCUGAUGAGUUUCGGUGUAGCUCGGCAGGCGAUCCUCCAUCCGGAUGAGGAACCUACAUGGCGCCUUGCUCGGAACAUCUUCUACAUGCCAUACUGGAUGAUCUACGGAGAAGUAUUUGCAGACUCCAUAGACCUUUAUGCAAUGGAGAUUAACCACAUCUACAUCGUACUGAAGAGUCUGUGCUGCAAAUGCAGGCGCAAGCCGGAGGGAGAACGCGACGACCGGGAGAGGCGACUCCAGCUGGUGCUUAAUGCGGAGGAGAUCAAGAGUCUGUACGAGUUUGAGGAGCAAUGCGUGGAGGAAUACUUCAGAGAGAAAGAGGAUGAGAAGCAGUCCUCCAACAACGAGCGAAUCAGAGUCACAUCUGAAAGGGUGGAGAACAUGUCCAUGCGUCUGGAAGAGGUGAAUGAAAGGGAGCACUCCAUGAAGGCAUCCCUGCAGACGGUGGACCUCCGCCUGGCUCAGCUGGAGGAGUUCUCUGGUCGGAUGAUGAACGCCCUGGAGAAGCUCGCCGGCAUUGACCGAACCGAGCUGGUUCGUACAGGAUCCAGGGCAUCGUCCGUAUGCGGGUCGUCAUCUCUCUUACGGCACGGCAGCAUCAACAGCGUCGACGGACAUAGCCUGUACCGGUACCAGCUAGACCUUGACGACAGGAUGACGGGAGAUACAGAGCACAAAGGAGUCCGUCUAAGUCCUGAAAGAAAAGCAACUAAGUCAGAGGGAGGAAAUACAACAGGGGGCCUUAAGGAUCUCGUUUCAACCCUUGAAGUCGGAGGCGUGAGGGACAGAGCCCAGUCUCUAUCCAACGUUGACAUCUUGAUCUCCCCAUGUGACCUCAGCAGCUCCUCUACUCCGCCACAUGAGGGUCUUACAGGUGCAGCGUUAAACAAAUCAUCACUGAAGGGUCAACUGGAGGCAGUUCCAUCAUUUCCUGUGGAGAGGUCAAAGGUUACAACAUCUUUAUCAUCCCCAACACAAGAUAGCGAGAAGCCUGUGAGCUCCAUCAUCUGCAGCCCCAUGGAGCACGAGUGGCUUGACCGUCCGCCAUCUUCUCAGGUGAUAAAAGGAAAUGACAGAGCAGGAGAGGAGGGAUCCGAGGUUCCAGGUCAGGAGUCGAUAGGCGAGACUGUGAUCGAAGAUGAGGAGGAGCAGCUGCUGGUGUCCGAAGACAGGAUUUACCCAGCGCUGCGCUCCAAAAGUCUCAACACCAACCCAAGGAAAACAAGGACUAAGAGACAAGAGCAAGAGGAGAAGCCUCGCUCAGCUAGCAGUGUUAAAGACUUGGUGUCAGUGUUCAGGGGGGGUCAGGAGGCCCCCGACCAGAACCAGAGACUCUGA